AUCUCAUUCUCUGUGUCUCUGUCUGUGUGUCUCAGGUACAGCAGUGUGUUCCCCAGCCUCAACAUGGCCGUGAAACGAAGGGAGCAGGCUCUACAGGACUACAAGAGGUUACAGUCCAAGGUAGAGAAGUAUGAAGAGAAGGAGAAGACAGGUCCCAUCAUGGUCAAACUACACCAGGUACACUAUAUAUGUACCAGAACUGUGCUAAAAGCGGCUACUGGCACGCGUUGUCCAUUUGAAAUCUCGCUCCAUCUGUCUGUUGAGCAACAGAAGUCAGGCUUCAUGCUCUUGCCUUGCAUGGUGUCAGUGUUUUGAAUACAAUCAAUAAGUGAACAAGGUACAAAUGCUGGCUGGAUAUGAACAAACUGUACAUGUGCACUCUUUUCACCCACACAAGCUACCAGGCUCCCAAGUAUUGCCUUUUGAAAAGGCACUGCUGCACAUAUACAGGCACGUAAUUUAGUAUUGUAGACACACUCACUGAGACCUCUAGGGCAGCAUACACACAUUCACAGAUAUCACACACCCUCACAUGGUUGCCCUCCCACACACAUUGAGAAAAGAAUAGUCAGUGGCACAAAGAGUAAAGAGGCCCCCUAUCCUCCUGGCCUUUUGAAUCUCACAGCUCUUAGAGUAAUGAUCCUGACAAAACACUAACAUGCCAUUUAAACAGACUCACAAAGGACAGACACACAGAGUAGGUACUUAAGAUAAAUAUUACUUAACACAGGUGAUUCUGUUCUACAUAUGUUAUACUCCAACCCCCCCCCCCUCACGAACACACACAUUGUGCACUCUAUAUCAUGCCUAUUCAUUGAGAUAUCAUCUCUUAAUGCCCACCAGACUACCCACUAAUACAUCACACACGUUCCUGAUCAGCGGUGGUGUGGUCUGCACACAGCCAAAUCUUCCCACAUAACCCACUCCUCCUCACUUGUGGUCGUGUUUAGACUUUUUAUUUUUUAUUUAUUAUUCUCUGUGGAAACACAUUUUCAUUCUCCUUUUGUUUUUCACUGUUGUUGACGGAUUACGUUUCUGAGAACGUAGCUGAUACAGUGGGGAAAAAAAGUAUUUAGUCAGCCACCAAUUGUGCAAGUUCUCCCACUUAAAAAGAUGAGAGAGGCCUGUAAUUUUCAUCAUAGGUACACGUCAACUAUGACAGACAAAAUGAGAUUUUUUUUUCAGAAAAUCACAUUGUAGGAUUUUUUAUGAAUUUAUUUGCAAAUUAUGGUGGAAAAUAAGUAUUUGGUCAAUAACAAAAGUUUCUCAAUACUUUGUUAUAUACGCUUUUUUGGCAAUGACACAGGUCAAACGUUUUCUGUAAGUCUUCACAAGGUUUUCACACACUGUUGCUGGUAUUUUGGCCCAUUCCUCCAUGCAGAUCUCCUCUAGAGCAGUGAUGUUUUGGUGCUGUAUCUGGGCAACACAGACUUUCAACUCCCUCCAAAGAUUUUCUAUGGGGUUGAGAUCUGGAGACUGGCUAGGCCACUCCAGGACCUUGAAAUGCUUCUUACAAAGCCACUCCUUCGUUGCCCGGGCGGUGUGUUUGGGAUCAUUGUCAUGCUGAAAGACCCAGCCACGUUUCAUCUUCAAUGCCCUUGCUGAUGGAAGGAGGUUUUCACUCAAAAUCUCACGAUACAUGCCCCCAUUCAUUCUUUCCUUUACACGGAUCAGUCGUCCUGGUCCCUUUGCAGAAAAACAGCCCCAAAGCAUGAUGUUUCCACCCCCAUGCUUCACAGUAGGUAUGGUGUUAUUUGGAUGCAACUCAGCAUUCUUUGUCCUCCAAACACGACGAGUUGAGUUUUUACCAAAACGUUUUAUUUUGGUUUCAUUUGACCAUAUCACAUUCUCCCAAUCCUCUUCUGGAUCAUCAAAAUGCACUCUAGCAAACUUAAGACGGGCCUGGACAUGUACUGGCUUAAGCAGGGGGACACGUCUGGCACUGCAGGAUUUGAGUCCCUGGCGGCGUAGUGUGUUACUGAUGGUAGGCUUUGUUACUUUGGUCCCAGCUCUCUGCAGGUCAUUCACUAGGUCCCCCCGUGUGGUUCUGGGAUUUUUGCUCACCGUUCUUGUGAUCAUUUUGACCCCACGGGGUGAGAUCUUGCGUGGAGCCCCAGAUCGAGGGAGAUUAUCAGUGGUCUUGUAUGUCUUCCAUUUCCUAAUAAUUGCUCCCACAGUUGAUUUCUUCAUACCAAGCUGCUUACCUAUUGCAGAUUCAGUCUUCCCAGCCUGGUGCAGGUCUACAAUUUUGUUUCUGGUGUCCUUUGACAGCUCUUUGGUCUUGGCCAUAGUGGAGUUUGGAGUGUGACUGUUUGAGGUUGUGGACCGGUGUCUUUUAUACUGAUAACAAGUUCAAACAGGUGCCAUUAAUACAGGUAACAAGUGGAGGACAGAGGAGCCUCUUAAAGAAGAAGUUACAGGUCUGUGAGAGCCAGAAAUCUUGCUUGUUUGUAGGUGACCAAAUACUUAUUUUCCACCAUAAUUUGCAAAUAAAUUCAUUAAAAAUCCUACAAUGUGAUUUUCUGGAUUUUUCUUCCUCAUUUUGUCUGUCAUAGUUGACGUGUACCUAUGAUGAAAAUUACAGGCCUCUCAUCUUUUUAAGUGGGAGAACUUGCACAAUUGGUGGCUGACUAAAUACUUUUUUUCCCCACUGUAUGUUAUGGUUGAGACUCAGUAGUGAUUGAGGUAUGCAUAGGGCUGUUACGGUGACCGUAUUACCGCCACACCGGCGGUUACGAGUCAUGAUGGCAGUCAAAUUCUCCAAGCUCUGAAACUGCUGCUGGUCAUUAGUAGCCUACCAAACUUGCUAACUUCCUGGUACACCACACUCUAUUGUCCUUCUAAUCACUCUGACAUCAAUGCAAAUGUAAUCGAAAAUCUAAUCAAACACUUCAUGAAAGUCCAUGAGAUCAUGUUGCGCAACAUUUCUAUAGGCUAUGCAAUUGCGUGAGAAAACAGAGUGAUGGCCUCUAUUAAAAAGAGGGAGGAUCCCAUCAGCUUUCUAUAGGCUAGGCAUACUAUAUUUAUUUCUCAAUUUCCUAAUAUUAAGUACAUUGCUUCUCUUUACAACAGGAGUAUAGCCUACCUAGCUGGCAUGAAAAUGAACCACAGGAAAAGCGUCCUCCAUUCGCUAUUUAAGUGCAUAGAUGACAUGGAUUUUUUUCCCCCUGCCACUGUUUCGAGACAGGUGCAUGACAAUGGUCCAUUCUAAAUCAAAACAAAUUUCACACAUAUAUAUUAUUUAGUAUAUGUAAAGACAAGAUUAAAUCAACAAUAGUCUGAUGGGUGACAAUAUUAGCCUAUCACGUGUGAAUGAUGCCCAACAGUGCAUGCCUUUUUCUGGUGACCUUUUCAAAUAAUAACCACACACCUCAUUUGAUAAGGUUUGUAUUACAACUAAAGUAACUAAAUAACUUCUUAAAAUUAAGCACAUGAAUCCACUUUACAACGGGUGUAGAGCCUAACUGGCAUACAUACGCAGCGUGUGAGUUUCAAGUUUGGGGUAGAUAAUUUUCACCAUAAAAAUGCACCUUUUGUAAUAAAAGCAUUACAUGCAUAAUCACAUUUGCGGUCACUUUUGAUAAUGGUGUUUUCCUGCUAAUGGAACAUUCACGCUUAUAGCCUACUGCCUUGUACACAUUGCUGCUCUUAUUAUGUGAAGAAAUAGACUCAUAGUUUAUCAACAUUUUAAGCUAAACCUUCUUUCACAUUGCUUACAAAAGUUUUUUUGAUGCUAGUGGUCGUAUUAAUUUAGGAUCUAUCGCAUCCCACAACAGUCCAGGACUAUGUUUUGAAUAUUUAUUUCUCGCACAGAAUAGAAUAGGUCAACUUUUGUACUAUGGGGGAUGGUAGAUUGACAUAGGCUAGUGCGUUUGCUGUUUGUUAGGCCUACUAAUCUUGUUGGCUGAAGAAAAGUACGUGGACUGUUCUUACCAAUAUCUUCAAUAAGCACCUCGGAAUUGGAUAAGGAUGUGCGCAGUUGUUUCCACGAUGUGUCUGUCUUCACUUGUAGCCUGUGAGAAAGACCCGAUCACGUGACGGGCAUUGGCUAGUAAGAAUGUAUCUAUCUGACAGAGCCAUGUAAGUGAGCGGUGCUUCGGAGCAGACAGCCGGGAGAAGGGAAUUAUAAUUAUUAUAUUCAGCCCAAGGGCACAACGGCCACUGGCCGCAAAAGGCAUGGAUUUUUUUUAGGGGGCAUUAUGGCCACACAAAGGGGAUGUCGCCGGGAAAUUCGAAGCAUUACCAAGUGCUUGUCAAAUUGUGAAUGAGAGACUGAUAAAGUGUGUACAGCCUGCGCAAGAAACAAAGCAGAUCUCAUGCCUUUCAUGCAACUUUUUUCAAAUCAUUAGUUGCGUCAUGCAGGCUUAGAAUGUAUUAAAAAUCAUAACAUAUAGCCCAACGUUUGUAUCACAACUAAAGUUACACAAAUAACUCUAAAUUAAGCAUAUAGGAGUACCUGUUUCUUUGUUAACUGCCCAACACAGAAUAGCUGCAUGUGCGCACUCUCUCAAAUCAUUUGGAGAAAAUAUCCUUUCUAUUUUAUUCAGCUAUGUUCAUUUGUAUUCUUCAUAGUUAAUGACCGCCACAGCCCUAGGUAUGUAUGCUGAAGUGUCAACCGGUCUUCUGUUUGCCCCAAUCUGUCCAGGCCAGGGAGGAGCUGAGACCAGUCAGGGAGGACUUUGAAUCCAAGAACAAGCAGCUGUUGGACGAGAUGCCCAAGUUCUACCACAGCCGCAUCGACUACUUUCAGCCCAGCUUUGAGGCACUCAUCCGGGCACAGGUGAGCUAUAGGAAGUGUAUGACUGGGUGCACACUCGUGACCUACUUUGUUUAACUCCCGUGAGCCGUCUUUAUAAUGCAUACAUGCACAGUUAUGAAUUAUAAUGCCUAGGUAUAAGCAUUCAGUUGACACACAAAACCUGUUCACAACAGUCCAAUCCCAGUUCAAAUCGUUUCCAAUGGGUUUUAUUCUAGUCAUUUUAGUAGAUUGUUGAUUUGGGUGUAGUGUUGCCCCUAGCCGUCUGUUGACCAGCAUCAGAGCAAGAGAGAGUGGUAGUAUAGUGGAGAGUGCGUGUAAUCCUCCCUGUCUCCCUGCACCCAGUCUUAAUGUGAUUAACCCCAGUGACGGCCCAACGCCUUCCUAAUUAGUCCAGGAAGCCCAGGUCUGUUUGUCUAUCCGUCUUGCUCCAGCCACUCUCUAACCUGGGAGCCCGGCCAGCCCGCCUCGCUAUAACCAGCCCAGCAGCUGAGCCGAGCGCACGCCACUGUCGCCCACCCUACCCCCACCCCCCGCUGUGUCAUUUCCUCUUAUGGUUAAAGACUGGCACACGCCUAAUCAGAUUGAGAAGUGGCCACAUCACUAGGCCAGGCUGGCGCCCCGCCCCCAAAAACACUGACAGACAGACAGCUGCCUAUUAGACUCAGCAGACAUGUUGUCAUUGAUACUGCCAGGCAAGCCCAGAGGGGGUUCAAAGGAUAUUUGUGCCCUUUGAUCAAUACAAAGUGAUGUCUUCUGUGACACAGAGUUCUGUACGUUCCUCUGCGUUCCUAUGAGAGCAGAGCAGGUGGGUAGGCUUGUAUGUGAUGACUGUUACUGGUAGACUGAAAGUGAAUGUAGCCCUCCUGGGUGUAACAGCAGCGGAGCCUAAUCUUCACUGCUCAGGAGAUGCUGUCACUGGAGGUAGUCUGUCUGGACUUGGUAGCUGCCAGUAGGUCUCUGGUGAUCUUGUUAGCUGAUUUAGGAUUAUCUCCUUCAUAGUAGCGCUGUAAUGUAACAAUGGACAUCACUGUGUCAUUAUCUCUCCCUAGAAUGAUGAUUAUAGAAACAUGGAUCCAAUUCCCUAUAAGAUUUGAAUUUAAUAGAGACUGGUUGUGGAUGAAAAUGAAUGGGCACAGAUUUUGGGCCUUUCCACUGUUAGUGUCCCUGUUUCAGUGCUCUGUCCUCUAUGGACACUGGAGCAAGCCUAUACUACUCAGUCAUCUGCAAACAGACUGACUCACUGCUGAAGCAGCUUCAAACAGUAAUGAGGGCCCUCUGAUGGAGGCAGAGUGCUGAUGACUCAAACUCGCUCAGAGAGCUCCUCUCUAACCCCAGCACAGUAAAUUAGGGGGGUUGUGUAGAGUUGGGUCAGAGGGACUAACUCCAGAGCUGGGCUGGCGUACACAGCCACUCCUCCAGUACAGCCGCUACUGGGUGGUCAGUCAGCACAGCACAGCAGCCCAGUGGACCUCAGGUCCGGGCCAGCCCCCCUCAGCUGGCCCUGCAAGCGCAGUCUGGACUCCCACUCCCCCUCUCUCUCCCUCUCCCCCGGACAUGCUGCAUGGCUCCCAGAGCACCCUCACAAUGCCUCCCUUUGUUCUGAGGCUCGAAAACCACUAGUUCCAUGAAAUGGCUGUGAAUGGGACGCAAUGCUCUGCUCAGCUCUGCUGUGAUCGGAUGUGCCGGUCAACCUGUACGGAUGCUGGAUAAUUGAGCCAUUGUCUGAGUGUGGAUUCUCUGUGUUUGUUCUUGGUUACGGUGUUCUGUACUACUUAUACAAGCUGAAAGAAAUUGUUAUUUUGACACGCUACUGUCAUAAUGAUUUAGUUAUUUUGCACAUCCACUGAGCCCAUUGAUAUAUUAGAUUGAUAGAGAUGGGAUCAUAUUGGAUGCCACAUUUCUAUUACUUUUUCUCCCACGUACUGUAUGUUAUUGAAAUAUUGUUAGUGAAAUAAACAGUCAGAAUUGAGGUCAGAUGAGCCGGUGUAGCUUGCUGUCUAAAUCAAUAUUUAGUCAUCAGGGCCAGGGUGAUGACAAGGGUGUGUAUUUGGACGUUUGUUAAAAAAGAGGUAAUAUAAAUAAAAGUCUGAAUUUUCAUAUGUGGUGCAUGUAGACUUACUGGGCUAAUUGUAGAGACUGGAUGACAAGAAGGAUGUUCACCCCGGACCGGGGACAGUGAUCUGGUGUGCAUUAUCACUGACAUGUAUUCCAUGGCUUUUUCACCAUGCCACUUUUCAAAUGAAAAAUAUCUGCUUUGCCCCCACAUAGACCGGUAACUUAAUACUCAUGGCCCACUGAUGUGGUCUAGGUGGCAGAGUUCGCUAUAAACACACAAGAGGCCUUUCAAACUGGGUUCCUCUUCCGGUUAGCCAACUAAAGAGCUUAUGUUAAUAUAACUUUGCUGCCACUGGCACACACAUCAUGUGGAUAAGACAUUUGGACUGAAUUAAAUAUCCUUUGAUCACAGUUCAGAUGUAAUUAGUUGAAAAUGGCUACAUAUUAUAAUUUCUCUAGCAGCAUGCAUCCUGUGACAAAGCUCUUAUAGUAGCAUGUGGUUAACAGUCUUCUACCUAGUCUACCCAGGAAAGAUCUUCAUUUUCCUAUCUGAAAUGGCCUCUAUUUAUGUUCUGUUAUGGCCUACAGCCCAUCAACGCCCAUAAUCUGCCAGAUGCAGCUAUUCUUUUAUUCCAGCCUGUAUAUAGAACAGAACAAACGUGUGCAUUUGCAAAUAAAUCAGAAAUGCCCCCUUAAGUGCACUGUAGCAUAUGCAUUGGUGCAUGAAUAAAUAUCGAAAUGUGUGUGGGUUUCAAGGGGUUGUAUUUCCCAGUACUUUCAUUCUCUGCCCACUCUUUUGGAGUGUUGUAAUGUGAUUAAAGUCUAUUAAUCAUCAAAGUAUCUCUCCUGGGAUUCUGACUCAUGAACUGGGGGAAGAAGCAGGGGUGGGAUGUGUCAAGAAAGCUUUCAGCGAACACACUCUAUCUCAUGUUGAGAUUGGAAGAGAAAAGGCAGGGUCCCUACCCACUGAAGUUCUGGGGUUUGUUUUAGUUGUUCUACGGGCUCGCUCCUUUACUUCUGAAUGGCUUUUCAUUAGUGGAGGUGAAGGGCUGUAAGACCAUGAGCCUUUGCAUGUUGUAAGUAAACUGUGGCUACUAGAUUGUGGGGGUGGACUGUGCAGGGUUUGGAUUUUAAUUUCAACUGCUUAGUUAGCGUAAAACCCUUUUCCUAACCAUUCCACUCUUUCCUUUGCUCUUUCAGGUGGUGUACUUCACGGAGAUGCACAAUAUCUUCAGUGAGUUGACGGAUCAGAUCGACCAGGCAGGGCUGACUGAUGAGCAGAGGGAGAGGGAGAAUGAAGCCAAGCUGAAUGAGCUGCGUGCUCUGUCCAUUGUCGCUGAUGACUGA